AUGAUCAGCGGAGCACCGAUCGGCGGAGCACCGAUCGGCGGAGCACCGAUUGGCGGAGCACUGGUCGGCGGAGAAGAUCAGCGGCGUACAAGACAAGUGCUACUCGAGAAUCUAACGACGGACGCAACUCGCCUGUCUCCAACUCAAUGCUGCUGCUUGCUUGAUGGAAGGGGAGACCAAAUGGAAGCUGAGCUUAUUGUCAUUGCGGGGUGUCAUUGCGUGUGA